GUUAUGUUACUGCAACUGGAGCAAAGCAACAGGCUUGGAUCCAGCUGUCAAGCAACAUGUUAUCAUAAAUUUUGUAUUCAGUUAUCAUGUAUACCACAGUUCUUGUUCAUUGCCAUGAGGUUGUGUGUUUUGUUUCAAAUUUAUGUGAUUUGUUCACUGACACAAAAGUUAAAUGCAGCGUGUGUGGUGUCGCUGCUGCGGCCGAACCCGCAUGCGCGGCUGACUCCGACAGAGGUGUUGUCCGCCAUUACGAACCCGUGCAGUUAUGACAGCCACCUGCGGCCGGCCAGCCCUGAUGGCGGACCCCUAGUGGUGCGCGCGCGCAUCUUCGUCUUCUUUCUCAAAUCUGUCAAGGCGCAGAACCUGCAAUUCAAGGUGCAUAUGAUGCUACAGCUGCGCUGGAGAGACCACCGGUUAAGAUACGACCAUCUGAGCAACCACAGCGAACUGAUAGGGGAGAAAAGACUUCUGGAGUUCAUCUGGGCGCCACACAUCUACUUUGCCAACGAGAGAGAUAGCCUAGUCAUGAAAGGCAUGUCCAACAAGGAUCACCUCGUGUCCAUUCUGCCUGAAGGGGAUGUUCUUUUCACUACAAGAAUGAAAACCACAACCUUAUGUCAGAUGAAGCAAGGAAAAUUUCCGUUUGACAAGCAAAAAUGUCAUCUGAUCAUGGAUUCAUGGCGCUACAACACUAGCAACGUAGUACUAGAAUGGGAAGCCACAGCUCCAGCUCUGAUACCGAAUAAUAACCCGAGUCUGGCCGAAUAUUACCUGGUAGAUAUGAGCACGUUGAGUAGUGAGGAUAACUGCUGUGUUCAGCAUAGUGCCGUCAAUCCACAUACCUAUUAUAGCUACAGUUCACUAGUGCUGACAUUUGUGUUAGCCAGAGAAUUCGGUUAUUACCUGAUGGACUACUAUCUGCCAAGUGUUCUACUAGUUAUCCUGUCAUGGAUGACGUUUUGGCUGGAGCCUAACUCAAUACCCACCAGGGUGUCUCUUGGUACAAGCACUAUGUUGACGUUCAUACUGCUAUCAUCGAAGCCAGGAUCUCGUGGUGAUUUGAGUCUGCUCUACUUCAGAACGAACGAUGUGUGGUUCAUAGGAUGCACCGCCUUCAUAUUCCUCUCAUUGGUCGAAUUUGCUUUUGUCAACUGUAUACACAGGCAAGAAUUGAAGAAAAUCGCCCUGAAAAAGGCCUCGAGUCGUUUUAUUCUGAAAACGGCUCUGAGUCCGCACACACUGCGCAGACGCACAUCCUCGUGUCCCGCGUCGCCCGAACAAAUGCGAAAGUUCGCCAAUCGGCGGCUCGCCAAAGCUAACAAGAACACCACGCUCAGCGUCGGGCGUUUCGAAUCGCUAGACCUGGCAAUAGCGCUGGAGGACCUGAAGAAGAAACGAGAGAGAAAUAGGAAGGAGGACCCGGAGAGCACAGAGGAGGAAGGGUACGCGACGGGCAGUGAGAACGAGACAAGUGACGGUAGCAGAAAGUCGCGGAAUCACGACGAGUUCGGUACUGUGAUGACCACACAGGAAAUAGCCACCUGGGUCGAUAGAAAGAGCAGGAAACUAUUCCCGUUGUGCUUCCUCAUAUUCAAUCUUUUCUACUGGUCAUUCAUGUUUAUUUGAGUAAUAUUAGAUGAUAGAGAGCCACAGAAUAUACCGGGUGAUUCAAAAAGGACUUGACAACUUUGAAAAUUCAUAUAAAUCUUAUUAAACAAGGUACAGAGCUG